AUGAGGGAAAUGAUGCACCGCGUGGUGUGUUUACUGGUUCUCAUGUUGUGCUGCGCCUAUGGGUGUGUUUCGGCUGAUCCAUCCAAAGCUACAACUCCAACUGGCCGUCAACAAAACCCCUUUCAACACCUUGAUGGAACUGGUGUUGUUGGUGGCCUUGGUACUAGGCUCGUUGAACCACAUGAGGCUCGUAUUGUUGUGGGUCAAAAUAAGCCCCAAUGUCCUGAUCCUCUUGCGGGGGAGAAUAAGGUUCCUUGUGUUGCCGCUAUUCCGGGUCGUGGGAAUCCUCCAGAGUCUGUUGUUCGUGAUGUUGCUAAACGAGCUAAUGUUACUGAGGCUGCAAAACAGGCGAAGGAUCCAGGUGCUGCUGCUAAACAGGUUACAGGUACUGGUGUUGGUACUGGAUAUCCUGGUGAUGCGGAUUCUCAUGGUGGAGCUCUUAAGACUGAACGUGAUGCUGAUCCUGUUCUUAAGACCGAUGAAGAAGUUGUGAAUGCUAGAAGUGGUGUUUCCCCAACCGGUGUGACCGACACCAGUAAAGCAUCUCUUCUAUCACCUGAUCCUUCUCUUCGUAAUCGCAGUAAUGCCAAAGUUGAGAAUACUGACCCUGCUGCCGCAGCAGCCCCAGGGUAUCCCAAAGGUGUUCCCUUUCCUCCCCAACAAGCAGGUGUGCCUGGGGCUGCUCAUCUGGGUCCACAACCAAAAGAUGGUGUUAGUGUUCCCACUAUAUCGCCUGUUUCGAAUACUUCAAAUGGUCAACCGAAAUUUCCCGGUGUAGCUCCUAACGUUACACCUGCUGAUCCCACUACUCCCCCUGUACUCCAGCGUACCGCUGAAUACGGUAAUCCAGAAUAUCCUGGUGUGCAUAAUAAACUUCUUGUUGGUGACGGUGGAACUCCUACUGUUGCAAUUAAUCGUGGUCCUGCUCGUCCUCCUCGUGCAGAUGUUGUUGUUUCCGAGAGUCAUGAAGAAGUGUCAGUUCCUACGAAUACGCAUCAUAAAGAGAAUGAUAAUCAGGAAAGGAAUGCUGCGGCACCUGUACAACGUGAAUCAGCAGCGAGCACUCGCAAUACACCCACUAAGGUGACGCCACCCACAAUGCCAACAAUACUACAACCUCCUAUGCCUGCAAAGAGCGAGACCAAACCACCCAAGAAGAGUAAAGCAGACAGCAGCAGUAUCAGUUCUGUGUGGGUACGUGUGCCACUACUGAUUGUGGUCGUGUUCGUCUCCGCUACAGUGUAUUGA